UGUAGAGAUCACCUGCGGAUUGUUUCCUCUGAAGUUUUCCUUCCAUCGAUUGCUGUCUAUGCCUUCUGGCUGACUUCACCCUCUCUGAAAGAAUCUUUUCUACCGCAUCUUCAAUAGCAGUUUCUCUUUUUGGUCAUGGAUGAUUUUGUGCGAAAAAAACUGAUUGAAUGGGAUCUACAAAAGUGGAUGGAUAAAUUUGAAGAUGAAGAAAUUACACAGGAAAGCUUUUAUGAACUUAAUGAUGAACUCAUUGAUAAACUGAUUCCAAAAGUUGGACCAGGAUUAAAGUUCAAGAAGAGAUUCAAGCAGUUAAAGGAAAAACAAAGCGCAAAUGAGGAAACAGUCAAUUUAUCUGCUGAAGUUUUGCCAUCCACAAGUGAUAAAGGAAAGAGAAGGUUCGACCAACCGGACGAAUCCAGCAAAUUGCAACCACCAGCUAAACGACAACAAGCAAUUGUGCUGUCUGAAGUUAAAAACAUAAUGAAAUUCGUCCAUGCCAGACUACACGAAAAAGACAAACUCAGUGCUUUCCUGAAGAAAAAAAUUAGUGAUUUGGAGACAGACAAGAGGGAGCUGGUUGGUGUCUUUGGUAAAACUGGGGCUGGAAAGAGUUCUCUGAUAAAUGCCAUCAUUGAAGAGAAGAACCUUUUGCCUUCUGGAAGUGUCAGUGCAUGCACCUCAGUCAUGAUCAAAGUGGAGGCUAACAUGCAAGGCUCUAACUAUGAGGCAGACAUUGAGUUCAUCACAGCAGAGGAGUGGAAAGAUGAGUUGUGGUCAUCUCAUCAGUUUCUUGGGGAUAAUAAAGACUGUGAAAUGGAUGUUGAUAAUGACUAUCGUGACAUCAGUGAAAAGUUUUCAGCGCUCUAUGGAGAAGAAUGGAGAGGAAAGUCCUCUGAAGAUCUCAUGGAUGGAAAAUAUUUCAGAGAAAUUCCAGAAUUUCUCCAAGGCAGGAGGAAGAUUUUGUCAUGUGAAUCAGCUAAAGAACUCUCUGCAAGAUGUGUCAAAUACACAAGAAGUGACUCUAAACAGGGAGAUGGUAAAGAUGUAAAGAAGUGGUACUGGCCUCUAGUGAAGUGUGUGACUGUCAGGGUGCCAAACAAUGAUUUUCUUCAGCAUGUCACACUUGUGGACCUUCCUGGAAAUGGUGACCGUAACAAGAGUCGAGAUAAAAUGUGGAAACAAAUAGUUGAAAAUUGUUCUACUGUGUGGAUUGUAACUGAGAUUAAUAGAGUAAUCGCAGAAAAAGAAGCCUGGGAGAUCCUGGAAAGUGCCAGCAGCUAUAUUGGAAAUGGUGGCGAAUGUCGACAAAUCCUAUUUAUCUGCACUAAGUCAGAUGACAUUGAAGAUUCAGAUGAUCAGUCAGCAGCUCAACGCCGGGACCUUAUAGUUAAAAGAAACAUCCAAGUCAAAGAUGAAGUGAGGAAAGAAUUCAGCAAGCUACACAAAAUUAAGAAACACUUCACUGAUGACCAUUUCAAAGUCUUCACAGUGAGCUCCAAAGAGUUUCUAAAAAAGAAACGCUUAAAUGCAGAUGAAACUGAAAUACCCAAACUUCAGCAAUUUUUGCAAGAUCUCAAUGACUGUCACUCAGAGACAUUCAGCUAUGUGUCUGGAGCUUAUGGGAUUCUGUCUUUGAUUCAAGGGGCCAACUGCAGAGGAGUGGCUAGUAAAAAACAUGUGUGUAGAGAACUUGAGAGAACAAUGAGCCAACAACUUAAGCAAGUCAAAAAAGCAAUGCAAGAGGCCUGUGGGACUUUUGAGAGAUGCCUUAGCGAGGGAGUUGAGAGCUCCAUCUGUUCAUAUGGACAAAAACUGAAGACCUUCUUGUAUUAUGAGGAAAAAAUCAAGGCAAAACUCAAUAAAACCAUCCGGACGCAGAAGAAAGAUGUCUACAACAGUGUGACACAGAAAAUUAAAGAAAUUAUGGAAGAAAGCUACAUCAAGGCCGCAGCAUUCAGAGGACCAGGCACACUGAACAAUAUGAGAGAGACUAUUGAGAGACAUGUGCACUCAAAUAAGGGCAUGUUUGAGCAGGCAAAAAAUACCAUGUUGGAGAAGCUGAAUGCCUUGAAGCAAUACAUCCUAGAGACGCUGCAGAAAACGAUGAUGGAAUCAAUUGAACUCUCACUUAGGACGGAUAACUGCUCACUUCCAGAUUUUUCAGCAGAGCUUUCAAUGGUGAAGGAAAAUUAUGACAAACUUGAAAAUAGCCCAGUCGCCAGAUGA